AUCCAGAACAAUUUCGAUAUAAACCACUCGAACAUCUACGAAAUGGAUGCGAGUAAGGUUCAUGAUGCCCGGCUUCCUCCCCUGACUGAUUCUUCUUCCUCACCUCAGGAUCAGCAAGGUAAUUCUGUUGUCUCUAGACUUAACACACCCCAUAGCCUCACCAUUCUUGAAGAGUUCGAGUUGUGGGUACGAAGUGGAGAAUGGAAGAAGUCCAUCUCUUUUGGAGACCUCGUCUCGGUCGGAAGCGAGGAAGUCCACAAGCUUGCACUGCCUAGCGAACCACACCCGAUCACCAAUGGCCCCAACAACCCUAGCCUCAUCAGUAACCUCUACGGUCAAGGUAAUAACUCUGGACACCUCCACAGUAACAACUUCUAUCAGAGCCAGACCGUCAUGGCCCAUAGCAGCCACUUGCCCGAGCAGGGUAGCAAUUUUGACCAUCUCAACACCUUUGGUCAGGACAACAACUUUGGUCAGGACAACAACUUUGGUCAGGACAACAGCUUCAUCCCCGUCAAUGACUUCCACGCUGAGAGCACAGCCCUCGCCCCAGCCCCCUUCACAGCACAAGCGGACCUCCAUCACAACAACACCACAGCUUCUCAGAGUCUACAUGCUGGCCCAGCUGAGGUCCAAGGACGGCAGUGCAGCGAGUGCAACUCGCAACCCGUCUAG